CAAACGCGGGUACCAUAUUCUGUGAGAGUACAGACGUUAAAAUAUAUUCGGGCGAAUGGGAAUGCAUGGUCAGCUGUCGUCAAGAAUCUAAUCGGUGAAAUGCUUAGACGCAUCGCUUUGGUACCCACCAAGUUGCUCAACACACGGCGUAAUCAACGCGAUAAACUCGUCAUGAGCAAAAUGUCUACGCUACAGGCGGAAGCUGUCUUUAUUUCCAUCGUGAAAUUGAUAAUUCUUGCAUUUAUAUGGGCGCCAGCGCUUCCUGUUUAUGACAACUUUGUCAUGCCAAUUACUUUUGAUUUCCCUGACACUGCCGGCAUAAGCUGGAAUAAUGAUGGUACUCAACUAAGAUCAGCAAAAGACGCGUUUCGGAAGGUGAUGGCCGACGAAAAGGAUUCCGAGAAUGAAAGUGAAGAUGAUGAAGGUGAUGGUUCUCCACUACCCUUUAAUAUAGAUGGACUUGACAGUAACUUUGAUGGGAUAACGAAUGAAGAUGACGCAGUUGUUGCUGAAGAGGAGGAGGAGGAAGAAGAUAGUUUUAGACUUGGCACAAUUACAAACAAAACCAGCAAAUCUAAAAACAUUGAGAACGAUAGAACAGAUUGCGAAGAGACUAUGGCCGAAGACAGUAUUUCAAAAAGUCAUGAAAAUAAGACAGCGUUACAAAUAAUAGAGCAUGGACAUGGAUGA